UCUGCUCGUCAAACUGGAUAUGGAAUCAAGACCGCCAACAUGAGAAGACUUGGAGUUGAUGCAACAUGUGGUGUGCUCAACCCAAAGGAAACAGUCCUUCUUGCUGUUUUCUGUGAUCACCGUCGAAUGAACCAACAACA